AUAUCCAACAAUCUCCAAUGCUAUAUUCGCACCAUUUUCUCUCCCAUUUUCUCUCUCUCCCUGAUGGAUAUGUCUGCGAGUCACGAUGAGAGUGUUGUUGUGAAGAAGGGGCCUUGGACGCCGGAAGAAGAUGAGAAACUGAGUGAUUUUAUUCAGAAGCAUGGACAUGGAAGUUGGAGAGCACUGCCGAAGCGAGCUGGCUUGAACAGGUGUGGAAAGAGUUGCAGACUCAGGUGGAUUAACUAUCUGAGGCCUGAUAUUAAGAGAGGGAAGUUUUCUGAAGAAGAAGAGAGGAUCAUCAUCGAUCUCCACUCGGUUCUUGGAAACAAGUGGUCAAGGAUUGCAGCCCAUCUCCCCGGACGAACUGACAACGAAAUCAAGAAUUACUGGAACACCCAUAUGAGGAAGAAGCUCCUCCAAAGGGGUAUUGAUCCCAAAACCCACAAGCCAAUACCAGACCUCAAUUUACUUGGUAACCUCUCUCAGUUGCUAUCUGCCUCACCAAACUUUGGCAUCAAUUCCAUGAACCCUUGGGACAACAUUGCCUUUAGGUCAGAAGUUGAUGCCACUCAUCAACUAGCCAAACUCCAACUUCUCCAAACCCUAAUGCAAGUCAUAAAUCCAACUCCAUUUCCAAAUAUAUCAGGAAAUUGUCUUUUGACACCCAAUACUGCUCAAUUUGAGAGAGGACUUGCUGGUGCAAACCCACAAGAGACAUUUGAUUUUCCCAACUUGGGUUUGAAUUUAAACCCUCAAAUAUUCAACAACUUCACAGAUGUUCCUAGUUCAAUGACAUCAUUUGAAGGUGGGUAUCAACCAGAAGUUGUUAAUGCCAAUUGUAACAGCAUGGUCAGUGAGUAUCAUACCCAAACAAAUCAAAAUACACUUCCUGCUUUAGUUGAGAGUUCUUGUAAUGUCAACCAAGUGGAAAGCAAGAUCAAUCUGUCAUACCCUUCUUCCUCUCAUUCAUCUGCCUCCAAUAUCUUUGAGGCUUUGGAGAAGUUCUUGGGUGAUGAAGCCAGUGGCCCUUGGAAAGAUAUGCUCCAAUAAGUAUUUAUCACCAUAUCAUUUUAAAAAACAGUAUCAGAAUACGUAUCGAAAGGGUUGAUGUCGAACAGUAUCGGUCAAUAUACUAGUGAAUAUCGGUGUGAAAGUCUAAAGGCUGAUAUUUAAAACCAUGUUUCUCACCUUCAACCUUGGGAUCACUUUGUUACAAUUCUAUGUGUGAGUUUGCAGAUAAUUAUAAUACAUAUAGAUGUACAUGUAUGUAUAUAAUAUACAAAGAGUGAGAAGAGAGAGUAAAGAUCAUAUUCUUGGGGUGUCAAUAAAAAAAAAUUUCAACCAUUUUCAUUAGCAUUUGUGGUGGUGUGAGUUUGAAUUACAGAAAAUCCGUAUAGAUAUAUCUUAUCCUCUUCAAAUCAUGCUUUAAUCGGAGACUCAUGCAUUGUGAUUAUGAUCAAAAUACAUUUGUGUAAAGAUACCUCAAGAUCAAAGUUUCUUGUAAAACUUUUAUUACAGUUAUAGACGUGUUCAUUACUUCAUUUUACGUGUUUUGUUUGAUAUUCUAUAUUGUAAACUAUGCUUGAUUUGUUUUUUAUUCUAGUACGAAGCUUCUUCUAUAAUACAAGCAAAUUUCUUAUCUAAACCAUUAAUAAAGUGGCAAGGUAAAAGAAAAUAAGACAUGAACAAAAGUGGUUAAUUAUGUGCAAAUAUACGACAACAGUUGUUCAUCCACUGACAGACGCAAAGGAACAUGGAUAAGGAUAGUUGAAAA